AUGGAUAGAGCUUUCAGCCACCAAAAAGAAAGAGAAACAGCUCACCAACAACAAGAGCAACAUUACCAGCUCAAGCUUUGUGUGCCAGUACUAGUGAAACUAAGAAGCUCCAACAAUAACCUGAACCCAUUUUCUCUAUUGGGCUUCUGGGUCUCAAAAUCUCUUAGAAACUUACAUUGUAAAGCUAGAUUCUCAAAUGGGUUUUGCUUGAAAAGGCUACAGUUUAAUGGUAUGGUAGUGAACAACUCUGUUUUUUGUGAUUCACCUGGGGUGGUAUUGAAAGAAGAGAGAGGAGAAAUGGAGACUUUGAUUGAGAACAAUAACGAAGGCCACACAGAGAAAGAUACAAACUUUGGUGAAAAGAAAGGUGAACUCCAGACAUUUGGCGAUUUGAUUGAAGACAAAGGUAGAGAAAGCAGUUCAAGUUCUGAUUUUUUAACUUCCGAGACCACGGGGCAUGAGGAGCAAAGUCAUAGUAGCUCUGAAGAGGACUCAUCUUCUCCUCCUACAAUGGGUUGGCCUGUACAGAAAGAUGAAGCACCUGAUUGCACAAGUACCAAUGGUGAAACUGAUGAUGGAGAGAAAUCCCAUUUGGAUGACAGGAAGUUGGAGAAACAAGGGUCUUCGAUUUCAGAGACGGAGAUGAUGAAGGAAAGGUUUUCAAAACUGCUGCUUGGAGAAGAUAUGUCUGGUUGUGGAAAUGGAGUUUGCACAGCUUUGGCUAUCUCAAAUGCCAUUACUAAUCUAUGUGCUACCUUGUUUGGGCAACUAUGGAGGUUGGAGCCUCUACCUCCUGAGAAGAAAGCAAUGUGGCGAAGAGAGAUGGAAUGGCUUCUUUGUGUAAGUGAUCACAUUGUGGAGUUGAUGCCUUCUUGGCAGACAUUUCCAGAUGGAAGCAAGCUCGAGGUUAUGACCUGCAGACCUCGAUCAGAUCUUUACGUAAAUCUUCCAGCUCUGCGCAAAUUGGAUAACAUGCUUCUUGAGAUAUUAGAUAGUUUUGACAAUACUGAGUUCUGGUACGUCGACCAAGGGAUCCUAGCCCCUGAUGCAGAUGGGUCAGCCUCUUUCCGAAGAAGCCUGCAGCGCCAAGAAGAGAAGUGGUGGCUACCUGUGCCUCGUGUACCUACUGGAGGCCUCCAAGAAAAUUCAAGAAAGCAGUUGCAGCACAAACGUGAUUCUACAAAUCAAAUAUUGAAAGCUGCCAUGGCUAUCAACAGUAUUACUUUAACUGAUAUGGAAAUCCCUGAAUCGUAUAUGGAAGCUCUUCCAAAGAAUGGAAAAGCCAGCUUAGGAGACCUCAUCUACCGAUAUAUUUCUUCGGAUCAAUUUUAUCCAGAAUGUCUUCUUGAUUGCUUAGAUUUGUCUUCAGAACAUCAAGCUAUAGAACUUGCAAACCGAGUGGAGGCCUCAAUCUACAUAUGGCGCAAAAGAAAUAACUAUAAACCUGCCAAUAGUACUAAUCGAUCCAGUUCAAAGUCAUCGUGGGAAUUGGUCAAGGAGCUGAUGAUUGAUGCAGACAAGAGGGAAUUGCUUGCUGAUCGAGCAGAAAGCCUCCUUCUUUGCCUGAAGCAGCGAUUCCCUGGUCUUCCACAAACAACUUUGGAUAUGAGCAAAAUUCAGUACAACAAGGAUGUUGGGAAAUCCAUUUUGGAGAGCUACUCAAGAGUUUUAGAGAGCUUGGCAUUUAAUAUUGUGGCACGAAUUGAUGACCUGAUCUACGUGGAUGAUUUGACAAAACAUUCUGAUCAUUUCUCUUCAAUCUCUAAAGUCAAUGUGAUUGCUCACAAAAGUGUAACGUUUCCAUGCUCGGUCCCCGUCUCAAACACUCCAUAUAAAACAGCUUUCAACACACCAAGCUUUUCACCGGGACAACAACGAGUAAGCCCUGUAAAGGGAGACCAAUCUCCCUUCAUGACCAGUGGUAAAAUUCCUCAGCGUGGUUUAGGCGUAAAAAAGGUGUUGACAGAUUAUCUCAGUAUUGAUACAAAAGGCAGGGAUGACAGCAAUACAAUCGAGGGAACAGAAAAUGUGAUCCGAAACACAGCAGCUUCUCAAACUGGAGUUGAAUCUUUUGGGUCUAUCAUAGAAACAAUCAGCUCACCUGAAAACAGAUUUUCUGAUAUCUGUUAA